UCUCAGGAAAAUGGCAGAGGCAAUCAUUUCAGUACCAAACGAUCAAUUCAGCUGUCCAGUGUGUCUGGAUCUCCUGAAGGAUCCAGUGACUCUUGCCUGUGGUCACAGUUUCUGUAAGGUGUGUAUUAAUAAAUGCUGGGAUCAGGAGGAUGUGAAAGGUGUCUACAGCUGUCCUCAGUGCAAAGACACUUUCACUUUGAGGCCUGAUCUACGCAAAAACACCAUGCUAGCUGAAAUGGUGGAGAGAGUGCAGAAAGCUGAAAUCCGAGCUGCUCCUUCUGCUCAGCGUUACGCUGGACCUGGAGAUGUGGCGUGUGAUAGCUGCACAGAGAGAAGACACAAAGCCAUAAUGUCCUGUCUGAUGUGUCAGGCCUCCUUUUGUGAAACUCAUCUUAAACCUCAUCUUAAAAUUUCAGCAAAGCACACUUUGGUUGAAGCUUUACCAAAACUCCAAGAGAAGAUCUGCUCUCAACAUAAGAAACUGUUUGACAUCUACUGUCUUACUGAUCAGAAGUGUAUUUGCUCUUCGUGUGUGUUGGAGAAUCACAAAGGUCAUGCCGCAGUAUCACUUUCAGCAGGGAGAACCGAGAAACAGAAAAAGCUAAAGGAGGAACGGAGGCAAAGCCAGCAGAUAAUCCAGGAGAAGCAGAAGAAGGUGGAGGAGCUGAAAUGUUCUGUGAUCAGGAUUAAGUCUCGUGCUCAGACAGCAGUGGAGAAAAAUGACAUUAUCUUUACUGAGAUGAUCAGCUCCAUGGAGAAGAAGCGCUCCGAGGUGACAGAGUGGAUCAGAGCUCAGGAGAAGGCUAAGUUGAGUCAAGCUGAACGACUUCUGGAGCAACUGGAGGAGGAGAUCACUGAUCAUAAGAGGAGAGUCACUGAGCUGGAGCAACUUUCACAUACACAGGAUCACAUCCAUUUCCUCCAGAGUUUCCAGUCUCUCUGUUUCUCCUCUGGACAUAGGGAUUCUCGCAGCUUUACUCUCCAGCAACCUCUCUCAUUCUGCAGAAUCAUGAAUUCUCUCUCAGAUCUUAAAACAAGAUUCGAGGAGUUCUGCGAAGAUCAAUUCCAAAAAAUCCCUCAGGAUGAUGUUGCAGCUGCAGCAGUUCAGAAAAUUUCACCAUUAGAGCCAAAAAGCAGGGAAGAAUUUCUGAAAUAUUUUUGUUAUCUGACUCUUGAUGAAAAAACUUCCCAUCAUCGCUUCCUUCGUCUCUCUGAGAAUAACAGAGUGGCAACCUUCAGUUGGAUAAACAAGCUGUGUUCUUUUUAUGCAGAAAGAUUUGACUCCUGUUUUGAGGUUCUGUGUAAGGAGAGUAUAUGUGGGUGCAGUUACUGGGAGGUGGAUUGGGGAAAUCAUAGUACUGUACACAUUUCUGUCUCAUAUAAAGGGAGAAGGGAAAAAGAAUGGGGUAAAGAGUGUGGGUUUGGAUGCAACAGUCAGUCCUGGAGUCUGUACUGUUCUUCUUCUUCAUCUCCUUUCUUUUUCUACCAUAACAACACUAAAACUGAGCUCUGUGUUCCACCGUCCCCCAGAAUCGGAGUGUAUGUGGACUAUAAUGCAGGAACUCUGUCCUUCUACCGCGUCUCUGACCCGAUGAGGCUCAUCCACAGGGUCUCCACCAAAUUCACUCAGCCUCUAUACGCUGGCUUUGGGGUCUAUAAAGGAUCUGUGAGGUUGUGUGAUCCGAAAUAA